AUGUUUACCUUGGAUGUUUACGGCACUCCAUUUUCAGCAAUUGUAAUUUUGACCGAAAGCAUGAUGCGCCAAAACUCACUGCAAAGUAUAGAGACCACGGUAUCAGACGCCAUUGACAGUGACGAUGAGUUAUCCGGAAUGCUGUGGCAUAUGACAACGGACCGUGAGAGAUCUUACUCCUCGUCCCCAGAGACACCCCGAAAGAGGAACGGACAGGAAGGAUCCCUGGAAUCGACCCUGACAGACAAUGAGAAAGACCAAUGCAUCCAAGUACAAUUACCCCUAAAAUUGGAAAGAAGACUCAAAAUACAACGAACCGAAUCAAUCCGUUCUGACGAAGAUACACAGAGUUGA